CACAGGUAAGACACAGGUUAGAAGUUCCAUGUACACAGGUAAGACACAGGUUAGAAGUUCCAUGUACACAGGUAAGACACAGGUUAGAAGUUCCAUGUACACAGGUAAGACACAGGUUAGAAGUUCCAUGUACACAGGUUACAUGUAAGACACAGGUUAGAAGUUCCAUGUACACAGGUACAUGUAAGACACAGGUUAGAAGUUCCAUGUACACAGGUAAGACACAGGUUAGAAGUUCCAUGUACACAGGUAAGACACAGGUUAGAAGUUCCAUGUACACAGGUAAGACACAGGUUAGAAGUUCCAUGUACACAGGGUGGUCCUGGCCAGCUGCUCUCCGUACUUCAAGGCCAUGUUCACGGGGAACCUGUGCGAGCGUGACCAGGACGAGGUGGAGUUCCACUGUAUUGACGAGACGGCCAUGAUGCUGCUGAUCGACUUCGCGUACACGGGAACGGUCGCCGUGACCGACGCCAACGUCCAGAUGCUGCUGCCAGCCGCAAGUCUGUUCCAGAUCGAGCAGGUCCUGCGUCAGUGCUGCGAUUUCCUGCAGUCAGCGCUGCACCCGCACAACUGUAUCGGCGUGGCUCGGUUCGCCCAGCUGCACGCCUGCUACAAGCUGUACACUCAGGCCUACAACUACAUCUGCAGACACUUCGAGGACGUCUCCAAGUCAGAGGAGUUCUUCCUGCUGACCGCUUCUGAGAUUCUGGACCUGCUGUCCAACGACAGCCUGGCCGUGGUGUCGGAGGAGUCCGUGUUCGAGGCCGUGGAGAGGUGGGUCUACUUCGACUAUGCAAACCGCCGGUGCUACCUGUCCAAGCUGCUGCGGUGCGUGCGGCUGCCGCUGCUGCCCGUGAAGUUCCUGACGCGCUGCUACGAGGCGAACCCGCUGGUGCGAGAGGACCUGACCGCACAGCACCUGCUGAACGCAGCGCUCAAGUACCACCUGGUCCCCGAGCUGCGGCUGCGCUCGCUGGGCGCCGAGGACGACACCGAACAGCCCACCACGGCGCGCCCCAGGUGUCCGCCCAAAGUCCUGUGUGCCGUGGGCGGCAAGAACGGGCUCUUUGCCACAUUAAACAGUGUGGAGGUUUACUUCCCCGAGAGCAACACGUGGACGGAAGUGUCGCCCCUAAACCACCAGCGGUACAACUGUGCCACGGCGGUCGCCGACAACAGGCUGUUCGUGGUUGGCGGGAUCACGUGUGUACCGAGGAACGGGGAGACGCACCACAUCCACUCCAACUCUGUCUCCUGCUGGGACCCAACCACCAACAGGUACAACCCUACGGAGGACAGCUGGGAGUUUGUGGCGCCGAUGGCUGACAAGCGGAUAAACUUCGGCGUCGGCGUGACCCACGGGUUUUUGUUCGUGGUGGGGGGGCACAACGGCAUGCAGCACCUCAACACCAUCGAGAGAUACGACCCAUACAGCGACCAGUGGGCAGCCUGCACACCCAUGGAAACACCCAGUACAGGUCUAGGUGUAGCAGUUCUGAACGGGCACCUGUACGUGGCCGGGGGUCACUCUGGGUCGGCGUACCUGCAGCAGGUGCUUCAGUAUGACCCCGUGGAGGACACCUGGGCAGCCGGACCCCCCAUGAACGCCGCCAGGUGCAACUUCGGCCUCGCCGCACUCUGACAGCGGAAUCUGCUCGGCCGCGAGAUUACACGUCCGGGCGAGAUUAGUACGUGUUAACAGGGAGCCACACGUCCGGACGUGAUUAGUACGUGUUAACAGGGAGCCACACGUCCGGGCGAGAUUAGUACGUGUUAACAGGGAGCCACACGUCCGGGCGAGAUUAGUACAUGUUAACAGGGAGCCACGCGUCCGGGCGAGAUUAGUACGUGUUAACAGGGAGCCACACGUCCGGGCGAGAUUAGUACGUGUUAACAGGGAGCCACAGGUUCGGAUGUGGACUGGAGAUUGCACUAAGAAGGCCAGCAGUUUCUCUGGACUGUCCUGGAAGCAUAAUAAGUAUAAACUUUGUCUGACGGCGGAAUCGUCUUGUCCGUGAGAUUACGUGUCCGCACAGACCACAGGGAGAGCCACAGGGUCAGAUGUGGACAGGAGAUUGUACAACAGUUUCUCUGGACUGUCCUAGAAGCAUGACUUUGGAAGGAAGUGACAAGAUGCAGAGUUAGCUCGAGAAUAGUCGUGGUUCUACCAGUGUGCUGACUGAAACGGUCGGGACCUAGCAGUCAGAGACGUGGUGUUUCUGCAGUACGGCGGUGACGGUACCUACCUCCGGGACAAGUCAUGCAGUAUUCGUGCUGAUUUUGCCAGCCUUAAACUUAAGGGUCUUAUCAAGCUUUUAAAGGGCCAUGUGGUAAUUAUAUAUAAUUUCUGUCCAUUCAGGCUGAGGACUGUCUGAAUUGUACUGCCUGUACUGCUGUGGAACUGUAAUAGAUACUCCGACAAUGAUAUUUUCGUAGAGCACCUUCAGUCAAAUUGGGACUUAGCAAAUACACUCGGCCAACAAACGGUCAAUCUGCAGUCAGGUUUCCGACAGGAACAGUGGGAAAACUUAGAAACUGUAGCUUUUAUUCCUCAGCCUAAUAUAAUAAUAGACUAAGUUCAUGUUUUA